AUGCGAAGUCAUCGUCUUGAUCAUUCGAUCGCAUCCCUCAUUCGAUCGUCGUGCUCUGGUUGGGUCCGAUCGGACUCGGCUACUUGUCAGCACGUCGAAGGUCCGAUCGACUACCCGCGCUGGCGGGCCAGCUCGGACUCCCCCGCCAUUCGGAGCGUGUCCAGAGUGGGACCGCUGCGUGCGAGAAAGGCCGGGACGCCUCUCCUUCGCGAGAUGUGGGAGGCGAAGCUGGGGACCAAGGCGAUCAGCUACCAUGCUGCCCUCGGUGCUGUACCAGCGCCCUGCGCGGCCAUCCGAGCGUGCGAGGUCUGCUGGCAGCGGACAACGGCCUUAGACCUGCUCAAGGCGAUGCUGGAAGCCCGCGCGGACCCUACUGUGGCCUGUGAUCCGGCCGCUGACCUGUACGUGCACGGCGCCCAGGCAGGUGGCCCCAUGGACGUCUGCAAGCACAUCAUGCUCGUGGCCAGCAGAUGA